GCCAUUCUUCCAUACAUCACCGAUUAUUUAUUGUAUUAGAAACAUGAUAUCCCUUUCCAAGAAGGAAUUUUCAACCUGCAUUAUUCAUAGUCCAACCCAGCCAUCAUCAACCAUAAAAAAUUCCACUUCUGCCUGUCUGAGUACCAUGCUUUCGGAAGGAAAAAAAGUCCAGAUGAUUCCUACCAAACUCUUGUUCCGUAUUUCGUGGCUUUUCUUUGUUCUUUUUUGCAAGUUGCUCUCGGUGGAGACCGCGGUGGCUCAAAAUACUAUGGCCUCCGCCACGAUUCCGGUGAAUGUGGGGGUGGUUCUUGAUCUGGAUACGUGGGUUGGGAAGUUAGGGUUGAGUUGCAUCAACAUGGCCAUCUCUGACUUUUAUUUCAACCAUAGUAACUACAGAACCAGGCUAGUUUUAACUGUAAAAGACUCUGAGGGCGAUAUUGUUGGGGCUGCCGCUGCUGCUCUGGACUUGAUUAACAAUGUCCAAGUGCAAGCAAUCAUAGGACCAAGAAAUUCAAUGCAAGCAAACUUCAUGAUAGCCCUCGGAAACAAAUCUCAAGUGCCCAUCAUCUCUUUUUCCGCAACGAGUCCUUUCCUAAUUUCCUCAAUUAGAAGUUCGUACUUUUUUCGAGCAACCCAUAACGACUCAUCUCAGGUCAAAGCCAUUAGUGCCAUUGUCCAAACCUUUGGAUGCAGAGAAGCCGUGCCCAUAUAUGUAGACAAUGAGUUUGGAGAAGGGAUUAUACCUUACUUAUCUGAUGCUUUAGGAGAGGUUAAUGUUCGGAUUCCUUACCGGAGUGUUAUCUCUUCCGGAGCCACCGACGAGGAAAUUGAAAGAGAGCUAUUUAAGUUAAUGUCAAUGCAGAGUAGAGUGUUCAUUGUUCAUAUGACCCCAGAUCUUGGGUCUCGGCUUUUUGACAGAGCAACAGAGAUUGGAAUGAUGAGUGAAGGAUCUGUUUGGAUAAUAACUGAUGGGAUGACUAAUUUUUGGAGUUUGAUUCAUCAUUCUGAUCAUAUGGAUUCCAUGCAGGGUGUGUUGGGUGUAAAGCCUUAUGUUCCGAAAUCAAAAGAGUUGGAGAGUUUUAAGGUAAGAUGGAAAAGGGAAUUUGUGCAAGAUAAUCUCAGUAUGAUGAAUGCUGAAUUAGACAUUUUUGGAUUAUGGGCUUAUGAUGCUACAUUUGCACUGGCCAUGGCAGUGGAGGAGGUACUAGGCACUGCAAAAUUCAACUUCAAUACAUCAAAUCUUGAAUCUUUUGGCUGGGUUUCUCAAAAUGGUCCCAAACUCAUCCAAGCUUUGUCAAGUACGAGAUUUAAAGGCCUUAGUGGAGAAUUUGGGUUUGUCAAUGGGCAACUAGAGUCCCCAGUUUUCCAGAUUUUUAAUGUAAUUGGAAAUGGUGAAAAGGGGAUUGGGUUUUGGACGUCAAAGGAAGGACUAGUUAAAAGACUGGACUCCACUUCUAAUGCCAAUCUUGGAACCAUCAGAUGGCCGGGGAAUUCAUAUUCCAUUCCUAAAGGCUGGGAGAUUCCGAUGAAUGGGAGGAAGUUGAAGAUUGGAGUGCCGAUGAUAAAGGGAUUUAAUGAAUUUGUCAAGCUAAUGCCAUACCCCGUCCCUUACGAAUUCUAUCCCAUUCAAAUGGAAAAGGAUGAAAGCUACAAUGAUAUAAUCGAUCAAGUCUUUUUUGGGAAGUAUGAUGCAGUUGUGGGAGACAUUACUAUCGUGGCAAACAGGUCAUUGUAUGUUGACUUCACAGUACCAUUUAUGGAGUCCACAGUGGUGAUAGUGGUUCCCAUAAGAAACAAUCCAAAUAAUAAUGCAUGGGUGUUCGUGAAGCCUUUAUCAGGGGACCUUUGGAUGGCUAGCUUUUUGUUCUUUGUCGUCACAGCAAAUGUUAUCUGCUUUCUGGAGCGCAACAAUAAUGAAUAUUUCCGUAGACCACCUUUACAUGGUGUUGGAACUGGAUUUUUGUUCAACUUCUUGACCGUGUUUUUUGCAGACCGGGACAAGGUGUCGGGCAAUUCAGCUAAAAUUGUGGUGGGGAUGUGGGGCAUUGUGAUGUUAAUUCUCACGCAAAGCUACACGGCCAACUUAAGUUCUCUUUUGACAGUUCAACAGUUGCAACCAACUGUGACUAACGUAAUUGAGUUGUUGAGGAAUGGGGAGAAUGUUGGGUACCAAGCUGGCUCUUUCACGGAGGAAAUAGUCCAAAGGUUGACAUCUGAUCGAUCCAAGAUGAAGAAAUUUACUUCACUGGAAGUUCUUGAUGAACUAUUUACUAAUGGAAGUAUUGCAGCUGCUAUCGACGAAACUCCCUACAUGAACUUGUUUCUUACUAAUAAGAGCCAUUGCAACAAGUACACCACCUUGACAGAACCAACUUUUAGGACCGAUGGCUUUGGAUUUGUCUUUCCAAGAGGUUCUCCUCUUGUAGCAGAUGUUUCAAGAGCAAUCCUUAAUGUCACUGAAAGCUUUAGAACAGGGGAUAUUGAAAAUGCAUGGAAGAAACAAACCAAUUGUCCUGAUUCAAGCACCUUGGAUUCUUCAAAGAGUCUAAGUCUUGCAAGCUUUUGGGGCCUUUUCAUAAUUACCUACUCGACCAGUGUAUUCGCUUUUAGCUACCAUUUAGCGAAGGCUUUGUAUGAGCAAAGGGACGUUGGAAUUUCAUUCUGGAGAAGAAUCCUUCAAGUAUUGGGAAACUCCGACCAGAAAGACCUGACCUUGCAGACCGUCAGGCAGCGUAGAUUAGAAGAGGAAGACAACAAUGUUGAAAUCAUUACAAGUAGAGGUGCUGUUGAAGCCCCUGUUGAGAUACCUGAUGAUAUAAGUGGCACAGCAACAUGCAUGGAAAUAGAAAAUCAUGGUAGCACAAACAGCUCAUGAAAAUGCUUAACCCAAAAAUAGUAAACAGCAUUAGUGUGGUUUCCAGUCUUUUAUAUGGGUUUUCAUCCAAGUUAGACUUUUGUAUUGGGCUAUGUUUGUAUAUUGUGCAUAAUAUAUAAUUGUAGUAGUUUAGUAUGUAUGCAUAUGCUUCACAUAGAAUUAAAACAUCAACAUCCAAGUUAAGAAAUAAAUUUCUUACUGGUUG